AGCGCGAGCGAACGACUCCUAUAUACCACUGCCGCUGCUCCGUUAUAACUAUCGUUGUAUCUGUCUAUUUACCGGCAUCCUGGCGCGAGCACGCGCGCGCGCAAAUCCGUUUUCGCGUGUGUUUUCGUUUGUUUUGCGGAAUCCAAAAAAACGCACGUAUAGAAGAUAUAUAUUUAAAAAAUAUAUAUAUGAAAUAAAUAAAUAAAUUGAGAAGUGAUCGCGCGAGAAGAGAUAUUCCCCCUAUUAUUUUGGCUCGCGGGGAAUCUCCGGAUUCUCUAUACACCGCGUCGAAGUUAAUCAUGUGAAUUGCCGGUGUGCAGUGGAUUUUUUGAAAAAAAAUCAUCAGUGCCAGUUAUCUUUUUUUUUUUUUUUUUUAAUCGAGUGUAUAUAUUAUAAAAUAAUUACGCGCGCGUGUGUGUUUAUGUGCACCAGUGCAAAGUGCGUGCCGGUAUUAAAUACAAUACAACGACUUUUGCCGCGAUUAUAUAAUAAUCGCAUUCUAUAUAAAACAUGAGCUCGUUCAAGCGCAACCAGAGCAAAGUCUUCUGGAGGCAGAUGGAGGCGGCCGAUCUCAACAAGCUCGCCUCGUGCUCGCCGCUGCCCGUCAUCAACAACAACCACAACAACAACAACAACAAUAAUAACACAGCCGAUUCGAAAAUCGACGCUCAAAGUCGUCUACGGAUAAAAGACGAGGAGGACGAGGAGGACAUCGUGCCGGCGGCCGAGAGCGACACGACGAGCACCGACAGUCCCGACAACGUCACCGUCAUACAUCUCGAUCCGGCGGUGCUCGUGGAAACGAACAACAAUAACGACGCGUCCUCGUUACCCGAUGCCUCGUCGCACAGCGUGAAACGCGUGGUCAAACUCAUCCCGGCGACGAGGACGAGUCGUCGCCACGCGAUCGCCGUGGAGGCCGGUGGCGCCCUGGCCGCGGAGGUCGACCGUCCGCUGAGUCCGGCGCGCAGCCGCGGUCAGCGAAGUCAGGACUCGGGCUUCUCCGACUCGGACUGCUCGUCGUCGAAUAACUCGCCGAGGCACGGGCGCCGUCACCAUCAUCAUCAUCAUCGUCGCCGAAGCAGUCGUAGGAAGCAGCAGCAGCGAGAGCAGGAACAGCAGCUGGAGCUGCAGCUGGAAAAGUCGAGCGUCGGCGCUCAAGUGCCGCAGCCUCAGGUCGCCGUGUUGACCUCGACGCCGAAGCAGCAGCAGUCGCCGCUGACAGCCGAGCUUUUCGACGACGUCGUGCAGCGGCAAAUCGAUCAGAUCCCAGUGAGAAAUCACUUGCACUUCGGCCUCGAUAACGACGGCAGCAGUCACAAUCAGGAUGACACCACGCCACGCGAGAGUCUACGAGACUUUCUCUACGGCGACGACAGAAUGUUCAACAACGAACAAAUACAGCACCACAAAUCCAGCUCCAGUCCGAGUCCCGUGUCGAGCUACUGCGACGACGACGACGACGACGAAGAUUUUGAAGACGACGAUUUGGAGACGAGGGAAGCCAUCGGCCGAUCGCCGGCCCAGGUCUGGCUGACGGAGCUGCGCGACGACUGCGAGGACGAGUGCCAGGCCACCCUGCAGAGCAAGAGUCUGCCCAAGCGCAGCAGGGCGCGCUACCCGAACGAAGCGGCGGACGCGCACGAUCUGCGAUUGCUCACCGCCUCGGCCACCACAGCGGCCAAGAAGAUCGUCGACGCAGCCGAGCGCUUCGACAGGUCCUAUCACAAACUUACGCAAUCGAUGAUAGCCGCGACGAGCAGCAAGAGCAAACAGCUGCGCGACUCGCUCGGCCGGUUCGAGGCCGAGGCCUCGGACAUCCUUGUGAAGCUCGGCUCGACCCUGCCGAGACGUUUGGCCAGUCACGAGGACCAGCCGCGCACGAUGGCCCUGCAGCUGGCCAAGCUCAAGAAUCACGUCGAUCGCGCCCUCGACAGGCGGCUCGAUUUUUACAUCGAGAAAGUGGUACGCGGCCUGGAGGAAGCCCCGCGCCAGACGGGCAGCACCGCCCGAGGAGCCUUGGCGGCUCUCACCGCGCUGGCUCUUGCCGGUCCCCGAGCCGCGGCGAGCAUAGCCCGCUGCGCCGGUGUCCGUGCGCUGCUGCUGUCGCUGGUCUCGGCGGGCCGCCUCUCCACGGAUCUGCGCUGCGCCUGUCUGCGCGCCCUCGCCUGCGUCUGCAGCUGCCUCGAGGCCGUCGACCAGUUCGUCGCGGAGGCCGGGCCCGAGAUCCUCGUGGAUCUGCUGGCGGCCCCGGAGACGCCCGAGGCCGAGAGAUCCGAGGCGGCCGCCCUGGUGGUGCAGUUGACGGCGCCCUGGAUCGAGCGCAUGGGACUGGCGCAUCUCGAGCCCUACUGCGAGCGUCUGGUCGAGGCGCUGACCGAGCUGGCCGAGGCCACCCACGACAAGCAGACCUUGCUGCUGGCCGCCGCCGCCAUCAAUCACCUGAGCCACUCGCGACACUCGAUUCGCCACAUCGUCGAGCGCGACUCCAUCAAGAAACUGCUUAGAUGCGUGAAGAAGUCCCAGGGCGGCAACGUCUGGCUGAUGGAGCAGGUCGCUGCGCUGGUGGGCCAGGUGGCCCGGGUGCCCCAGGCGCGCGCCCACCUGGCCAAGACCCGCGCCUCCGUGGCGCUGGUCUGCUUUUUGCGCAUGCAGCCGCCCGGCCACGAGGACGAGUAUCGCCGACUGGAGGCCACCGCGAGCGAGGCCCUCACUCGGCUCUGCGUCGAUCCGGAAAUAGCCGAGCAGGUCGUCGCCAUUGGGGGCGCCAACUUCCUGCCCGAGGAGCAGCAGUCGUCGCAGUCGCAGCAGUCGCAACAAGCGAGCAGUCAUCAGCAGAACUUCGCGAGCACCAAGAGUCUGCGGAGAGCCAGAAAAAUAGCGGCUCAGCACAUAGGUAACGCCAGGAUUUACGACAUCAGUCCGCGCUGAUGUCGUCCUUAAUCCUCGUUUGCUUUUUUCUUUUCAUCGUUACCUCGAGAGCUUCGCCAUUAUAAAUAAUUAUAAUUGUACGAUGUAAAUUUUAAUUUGUCAUGUAAUACGUUUCAUAUGAUGAAAAGUAAUUUAAUUUAUAUUUUUUAAAUUUUUUGUAAUUUUUGUUGCGAAACAAAAUCGUGUAAUUUUGUGAGCCUCGCCUCGGGUCCAAACCGAUCGAUGAGCGAGUGAAGGUCUAUUUUUAUUUGAAUUUCAUACGCGCUAUAUGUAAUGUAAAAUACAAUCAUGUUUGAGUUAGAUUAUUUUCGAGUUUUAAAUCAAAUUCUGUGUACGAUUCAUUAGGCUCGAUUACGAUUACGAUUAUGUUCAAUGUACAAUAAUUCGAGGAGUUUUAGUUAAGUACUGUACAUAGAUAAAAUGUAUUAUUUUCAUAAGUACUGAAUCUAGUCUAGCUUACGAUACUUUUUAUAAUUGUAAAAAAAUAAUAAAACACGAUCAAACAUCAACA